AUGUCGGAAGAUGCGGACCUGCAACAGAAAAUCCUGCAGAAAACGCUACAAGAGGUAGCGCAAGAGGAUGAUGGUGACGAUGUGUCCAACCCAUGCGUCAUCUGCUUGGAAGCUGUCACCGAGCCAGCGAUCGCAGUGCCAUGCACUCAUGCGAAUUUCGAUUUCUUGUGCCUAGUAAGCUGGCUAGAACAGCGCCGCAGUUGCCCACUAUGCAAAAGUGACAUUCACUCCGUCAAAUACGACCUCGGGACCAAAGACGGUCCCAAGAUCUACCAGUUACCUCCUCUUCCUCCAGCAGCUGCCAAUGCGCUCGUUCCUUCUCACCCUCACCGUCCUGGGCGCGGAGUUCCUCACGGUCCGCGCAACCGACGAUGGCGUGCCGAACGCCCCCGACCUCAGGAGCCCGACGAUCCCAUCUCAAGGCGGCAACAUGUCUACCGUCAUCAGCUCUAUUCCCUCAGAGUCGGCUCGAACCGUCUUUCUCAAUACCGCGAGCUCACGCCGGAGCUCUUCAACCGCGAUGAGGAGCUCGUCUCUCGGGCGCGAAAAUGGAUCCGGCGCGAACUGAGGGUGUUUGCUUUCCUGAACCCAGAAGCCGAAACGGAACCGGGGGUGGACCGGGUCACUCGUCCUGGUCAGCAGAGACUUGAGAAUCGCAGGGGGAACAACGCCGAGUUCUUGCUCGAGUAUAUCAUCGCCAUCCUCCGCACUGUCGACAUCAAGGGUAGUGCGGGGCAGGCGGAAGAACUUCUUCGCGAUUUUCUGGGGAGAGAUAAUGCGCGUUUGUUUCUGCAUGAGCUGCAGGCUUGGCUGCGGAGUCCUUAUACGUCCCUGGAGGAUUGGGACCGUCACGUCCAGUAUGAGGAUACGGCUCCUGGUCCGUCCUCCGGUAGAACUGGGUUGGGUUCUGGGACGCCUGAUCGUACAACGACGCCUGUUGAUCGCGGUGGGCGAUCUCCGUUUCGUGGGAGAGUGGCCAAACCUCGUCGUCCACAAGGAUAUCACAGCGGCGGAAGUUCUCGAGAUGACUUCGCGCAAGCGAGACGGCUACAGUUUGCACGACAGCGAUAUAUCCCUGAUUAG